AUGCUGACCCUGGAACAUCUGGCCCAGGCCCUCCGGGCCCCGAUACAGGCUGCAUUCCGGCCGCCAUUGGGCCCGGCUGGGUGGCCUGGGGAGCUCCCGGCGCGGAAACGCCAGCGUGGACCUGCUGAAUCAUUCCGCCGCCGGAAGCCUGGGCAGCUAGAUGCGCCGCACCCGGAUGCUGGCCAGGGGCCAUUGGGUGAUUCUGGACCAUCCCAGGGUGGUGCGCCAUGCCGACUUGGGGAGCAGGAAACGGCUGCGCCAUCAUCAUUUCCGGUAUGCGAAGUCACCAAGGCCGGGACUUCCAGGACACGGAGAGGACAGAGCGAGAGGAGAGCACGCGACGGAGGAAAGGAUCGGGGGUGCGGCUAUCGGGCCACGGACGAGGCCAGGAGACAGCCCCACGAAGCGUAUAUAUGGCAGAGCAGGCCGGGAGACGCUGCAGACGAGCGUGUAGAGCUUGCAGUCCGCGAAACGAGCGCGAGGGAGCGGCGAGGCGUGAGGGGCAGGGUGCGAUCCGGGAGGUGCGAGACGGGCCCUCGGGCGGGAGAGGGCGUAUCAGGAGCACGGCGGCAGCGAGGUCGUCCGCCUGAGCACCAUCACCGAGAACGAGACGGCCAGAGAGAGCGAGCGGGCGGCGGUGCUGAGGACGGCGUCGUCUCUCCCUCGUGUCUUGUCGUCUCGUCUCGUCGGUACAAUGGUAAGCGAUACUCUCAUAUUUUUCUACUUCCCCUGCAUGAUGAAAUUUUUUCCUACAUUCGCAGUUUCCACGCUAGCCGUCGCAUGAACCUAAGCUCGACAGCCAGACAUGAUCCUAUACACGAAAUACUCGCCCAGCCAGCGGCAGUCGUGCUAGAUCUGCCCUGGAUGCUCGCCCAAAUGCAAUGCGCGCUACGCUCGGUGCGCUACGGGCCCUCGAGGACGGCCGCCAGACUCGCCGGAAGCUCCAGAUACCGUCGGCCUGCUAGGAAUACCCGCGCCUUUCACCUCUCGAGCGCAUUCCGGGACACCGCAGACGGUCCUCAUAACCCCGUCGACACGCCCGUGAACAGCAGCAAACCAAUUGACGCAGAGGAGUCGGCCCCUGGGGUGAAAAAUGAAAAUGGCGAGGGGAAGGGGUCCGGCGUGCAGGCGAAGACCGUGGCCGGUAGCAAGGGAUACAGUCCGUACGGGUCUGGCGCUCGACGGGCGUUGAGGAACCGGAAGGUCGAUGACCGCUCGGCCAAGUCGUUUACCGCAGAGCUGCCGGCCUGGUUCCAUCAGCGGAAUCUGAAGCUGGCAGACCAGUCGGCGCAGGUGUCAGAGCUCCUCCCGCUAGAUGUGCAGAUUGCACCGCAGCAGCCUGUUCAGCAGAGCGCAGAGGAUGGGAGUGAGCAGCGCGAGGGUCAUGGAGGCGACGACGGGAGCAGUGGUAAACCCGAGAACGAGCCCCCGUCUACGCCGGAGUCUCGAUACACCCUCAGCCCAGAGGUGUGGCAGGAGCUUCGGGCAGCCGUACAGGCCGGCCUCACCCUCCCUGCAGCUCGAUACGCUCACGAUCCAGCCUCCACCAAGCCUCAUCUUGUCUUUCAAUACCCUGGAGACGGCGGCAUUCUCUUUCUAGACGCCGUGGUCAAGAGCUUAGCUACAGACCUGAACACGAACGUCGUCACGCUGAAUGCGCAGGAUAUUGCCGAGCUAUACGGCCAGCAACGGCAGGAAAACGAUCAGCUAUCUAGCUCCAUGAUGUUGCUGCUCGGCUACGACGUCUAUCAGCCUACACAACGGCAAUCACAGAAGGAGAUGGAGGAAGAAGCAGAGGAGAAAGAGGAAGAUGAAGAGAUGGAAGAUGAAGAGUCGGACCGAUGGUCAGGCCAGUCGGGUGCUAUCCCGGUCACGAAGAUAAAUGCUGAUGUAUCGGGGAUGAUAAAUCCGUCUAUGCUGCAGUCUCUGUUUGGCGGGAAAGGUUCGUUCGGAAUCGCCAAGGUGGUCGUUCCUAGUGAUCGGAAGGAUGAUAUGGACUCUGACGAAGAUGUCCGGUGUCUUCGACUGAUCAACGAACUGCUGGAUGUGCCGCUUGGUAAACGUCUACAGAGCGAGCCAGCAAAGGAGCAGCCAGCAAAGGAACAACCUGCAAAGGACACGUCUGGAACUACAACCGAGUCUACAGAGUCUAUCACCGCCACAACUCUGCCAUCCCCAGAAACGCAAACACCCAAGAAGCCAACUCUUAUUCUCCAAAUACAAGACUACAAAGACCUACUUAAUUCCCGUGGUGGUUCAUUCUUCCUCUCACUACUACACAGGACAGUCAUGCGACGGCGGCGCAACGGCGACCAAAUAGUGGUCGUCGGAACCGUCUCCGAACCCGAAGCCGAGACAGGCUACGAGAAAUCCUUCCCAAGGCUAACACCGAGGGUCUACGACCAGCGUUCUUCCACCAUAGUCGUACCUCCCGCCACACCGUCCAAGGCCGCUGAGGAGAUAUUCUCCAAAGAUGCAAAGAAGAAAAUACUCGAGAUCAAUGUUCGGCAUUUGAAGAGCAUGCUGAAAGCAAGACUCAGAGGUUCCGGAACUGCUGAACAAAGUAUUCUCAACAGCCAGCCGUGGGAACUUGAUGAGGAUACUAUCCGAACCUCUGGUCUUGACGUCGGAUAUUGGCCAUUCGAUCUUGUCCACCGCAUUUCCACGCUUACCCUUGGCCUUGCUAGGGGAGAUGAAAGCUUGACGCUGGAACAUAUCACGCGAGGCAUCGAGAUGGUAGGAAAGAGUGAUCAGGUCAAGUGUGACUGGCUUGGUGAGAGGCACAACAAGUCAAAACCAUCGAAACAGUCCCAGCACAAGGAGAGACGGAAUAAGCUACGGCCAAAAUGCAAUACGCACGAAGAGAAACUUCUCAACGGCGUGGUUGAUGCUGAAGGUAUCAAUACCACUUUUGCAGACGUGCAUGUCCCACCAGAGACCAAGGAAGCUCUAAAAACACUCACAUCGCUAUCUCUUAUUCGGCCUGAGGCAUUCACAUACGGUGUGCUUGCCACCGAUAAGAUACCCGGUUUACUUCUAUACGGGCCCCCAGGAACAGGUAAAACGAUGCUUGCUAAGGCCGUUGCUCGUGAAAGCGGUGCCACCGUGCUAGAAAUCAGCGGAUCGGAUGUAUACGAUAUGUACGUUGGAGAAGGAGAGAAGAACGUCCGCGCCAUCUUCACGCUGGCCAAAAAACUUACCCCUUGCGUGGUCUUCAUCGACGAGGCGGAUGCGAUAUUCUGUUCCCGGACGGGCGCAAGUAACCGCACCUCACACCGAGAACUCAUCAACCAAUUCCUCCGCGAAUGGGACGGCAUGAACAGUCUCUCCGCCUUCAUCAUGAUAGCCACAAACAGACCAUUUGACCUAGACGAUGCUGUCCUCCGCCGCCUUCCACGCCGUCUCCUAGUCGACCUACCGACCGAAAAAGACCGUCUAGCCAUCCUCAACAUCCACUUGAAAGAUGAAAGCCUCGCACCUUGCGUCGACUUGGCUGAUAUCGCAGACAAAACACCCUUUUACUCUGGCUCCGAUUUGAAAAACCUCUCAGUCGCUGCGGCCCUCGCUUGUGUUCGGGAAGAGAACGAUCUCGCAGCACAACACAAGGGAGAUGAACCGUACAAAUACCCCGAACACCGAGUUCUGCGAAAAGAACAUUUCGAUAAAGCGAUGGAAGAGAUCAGCGCAUCGAUCAGCGAGGAUAUGUCUUCCUUGACCGCUAUAAGAAAAUUCGAUGAAAAAUACGGUGAUCGCAAGGGACGACGGAAGAAGGCUCACGGAUUGGGCUUCACGUCUCCUAAUGCGGCGGACGCACCGGGGGCUGAGACCGGGCGUGUUCGGAAUUAG